UACAUUGGUUGUUGAGCGAGGGAGGGCAAGUGGAGUAAGCAGCAGUAAAACUACUCUGGCGGGAGGCUGCACAGUUCAGUUCAGUCACCAAGCUUUUAUUCAGGAGGAGGGGUGAAGCUCAAUUCGUCCUGCAGGAUGUCUCGCUUCGUUCUUCGAUUUAUGCCUUUUGUUUCUAAAGGAGCUGCUGCAAAAUCACUGUUGUCUAAGAAGAGGAUUACACUGAUUCGAACACUUUGCAAAACUUCUGAUCUUUUAUCGCUGACACGUUACGAUGAGUCUACAGACUGGCAGAAGAAGCUCACUCCAGAGCAGUAUGUGGUCACCAGAGAGAAAGGCACUGAAGUGCCAUUCAGUGGAAUAUACUUAAACCAUAAUGAAGUGGGCAUGUACCACUGUAUUUGCUGUGACGCACCACUCUUCAGCUCAGAAUCAAAAUACGACUCUGGAACCGGGUGGCCCUCUUUCUCUGAGGCUCAUGGGACGUGGGAGAGAGACGAGAGUCACUCCAGCGUCGUCAGGCGCCCUGAUAAUUCACUCGGAAGCACAGGAACUGAGAUCAUCUGUAAGCAGUGUGACGCACAUCUUGGUCACGUAUUUGAUGAUGGUCCAGAUCCAACAGGCCAGAGAUUCUGCAUAAACAGUGUCGCUCUGAAUUUCAAACCCAGACAGGUCUAACACUAUCACAGAGGUUCAGAGGUUCCCCUGUCGAUGUUCUGCUCAGACUUUGAGCUUUCACCAGUGUGUAACGUGUUCUUCUGCUGAUGUCAGUCUUAACUGAGUCUGAAUAUAUAGAGGUCAUACUUUAGGCUGAUUUCCAAAAAAAGAGAAAGAGAGUAAAAUAUCUACACCGUUCUACUGCCUGUGUCUGUACUGUCAGCUCUUUAGUUAACAUGAUCCGGAGAACAUGUACACUUAUUUGUACAGUUAUGAUGUAUCAUGAUUUAACAAAGCCUUUAACAUGGAGACCAUGACUAUGAAAUGAAAUAUAAGUAUCUGGAAGACAUACUGGUAUUUAUGUGUAUGUGUGUGUAUUGUACUGAAAACAUAUGCAUUGAAUCUACUGGAAUAAAACACAGUGAAUAAAUACAA